AACUGCAGAAAACUUUAGACAAUUAUGUACAGGAGAAUACAAACGUAACGGACAACCCCAAGGCUUUAAAAAUUGCUUAUUUCACAGAGUGAUUAAGGAUUUCAUGGUUCAAGGUGGUGACUUCUUAAAGGGCGAUGGUACUGGAUCCAUGAGCAUCUACGGUGAUAAAUUUGAAGACGAAAAUUUUAUCGAAAAGCAUACAGGCGCCGGUUUACUGUCCAUGGCCAACUCUGGACCCAACACCAACGGCUGCCAAUUCUUCAUUACCUGUGAUGCUUGUGAGUUCUUGGACGGUAAACAUGUUGUUUUCGGUCGUUUGAUUGAUGGUUUAUUGACACUUCGUAAAAUCGAAAAUGUUUCCACUGGUCCUAACAAUCGCCCAAAGUUAAAUGUUAAAAUCACCGAAUGUGGACAAAUGUAAAUUGUGUAAAAAAAAAAAAUUAAAAUAAAAAAGUGUCUUGACUAAUUACAUUGGUGGGUGUUGCCCAUUUUGCUGUUGUGGUUGUUGUUGCUGUUGUUGUUGCUGCUGCUGCUGCUGCUGCUGCUGUUGCUGUUGUCUAGCUAAAAACAGUCUUUGUUGUAAAUCACGAACAGCGCCUGGUUGUAAGUUACCGAGAUUUGCAAGAUUCGCCAUAUUGAUAUUGCUCAUGCCUAGCAAAUUAUUUGCGUUCAUGUUAUUCAUAUUAUUCCCAGCAUUAUUACCAAGAUUUAUAUUUGAUAACAACAGGCUGUUUGCGUUAAGUCCUGUC